AUGGCUCCAAAAAACCAACUAUCGAUUCUCGCGUCACUUUCAGCUACCCUGCUUUUCCUUCAGCUCAUGAUUUCCACGGCUGCUAUCUCUCUCUCACAUUCUUCGUUCAUCGGCAGAAUCCCUCGGAAUACUCGCCGAGUACAUUCUAAUUACAGGCUUUUGGAGGACACGAUGAAGCCGGUCGCCGGUGAUAUCAAGAGUGUGAUCAGGGUUGCCAAAGACGGCACAGGCGAUUUCUCGACGGUGACUGAUGCAGUGAAGAGUAUACCGUCGGGGAACACACGUAGCGUGGUGGUUUGGAUAGGUGGGGGUACGUACUGGGAGAAGAUCACCAUCGAUAGAUCCAAGAAGUUCAUCACGUUCUACGGAGAUCCCGAGAAUAUGCCCACCAUCGUCUUCAACGGGACGGCGGCGCAGUACGGGACGCUGUAUAGUGCCACCGUGGCCGUGGAGAGCGAUUACUUCAUGGCUGUGAAUAUUGAUUUUGUGAAUUCAGCUCCAAUGCCAGACGGAAAACGAAAAGGAGCACAGGCGGUGGCAAUGAGAAUAUCAGGGGACAUGGCAGCCUUCUAUAACUGCAGUUUCUUAGGGUUUCAAGACACGUUGUGUGACGAUAGAGGCAGACAUUUGUUCAAAGAUUGUUACAUUCGUGGCACUUAUGAUUUCAUUUUUGGAAAUGGCAGAUCGGUCUAUUUGAAUUCGAUUCUCCAUUCAGUGGCAAUUGGGAUGGGUGUGGUCACAGCACAGGCAAGAGAGAGCGAGGAAGACGAGAGCGGAUUCAUCUUUCUGCAUUGCAAAAUUAAGGGAAGAGGCGACAUUCUCUUGGGUCGUGCUUGGAAGAGCAGAUCCAGAGUUAUAUUUGCUCAUUCUGACAUGGCUUCUCUCGUCAACCCUCUUGGCUGGUCUACUGGCCAUCACCCAGAACGUGAAAAGACAGUGUAUUAUGGAGAAUACAAGUGCAGUGGCAGAGGUGCUAAGACUUCUGGGAGAGUUGGAUUCGCGAAGAUGCUCUCAGAUGAAGAAGCCAAACCCUUCUUGGGCACAACAUUCAUACAAGGAUCCCAGUGGAUUCUCCCACCUCCUAAACUCUAAAACCUUUUAUAUCUUCACUUUCUUAAUUUUGUAAAUCAUCAGAUCAGACUUCCA